AGACCAUGUUUGCAAGAAGGUCAUUCAACUUAAUCAACAAGCUCUCAACAUUUUUGAAGAGUAUAUCGAAAAGGGAUUACUCACCGAAGACACCACAGUUAGAAUAUUUCGAAGACUUCUUUGAGCCUGACUGAGAAAUGGAUCCAGCUGAGGUAACUCUAGCACAAAAGAUUAUCGAUGAAGAACUAUUGAGUAGUCUUUACUGAAGGCUGAGAUUAGCGAAGCUGAUAGAGCUAGACCCUUACAGCUUCCCUGAUAUUAUUCAAGGAGAAACUAUUGCUGAUUACAUAGAGAGACAAUACAGAGGAAUUCUUCCACAAAUCAAUAGAGAUUUCAAUUACAAUGUAUUCUCAACACAUAGGCUUCAUACAAUUGAUGAUAUAGCAGUAGCCAAAGACCUCUCCUUCUAAAUUUCACUUGUGGAGAUAGAAGGUUAAAUAUAUUUUCUGACAUAAAAUUAUAACCCGAAAGUAAAACAUAUUCUGCUUCUGAUAAACCUGCAGAUGCAGGUCUACAUCCUUAUGGAGCAUGAACCUGUGGAGAACUGAGAUAGAGAAAAGAUUAGAUCAAUACAGUUGAGACUUUUAUUUAUCACUCUUGAUAUUUCUCCAGACUUUUAACUUCAUCCAAGCAUCAAAAUUUCAAGUGAAAUUCUUACUGCUAGUUCAAAGAAAAUUCAAUAUUUAGAGUGGCCAACCAUGCUUCUUUGUUGUUUAAGAAGAUAAGCUUUGAUAUAAUAUGUAGAUCUAAAAGUUCCCAUGAUCAAGAACAAUUUCUAGAUUUGUACUGAUGAACCAAGUCCUGAAGUUCUCAAAGCAUCCUUUGAAUAGGAAUUUUCAUAGACUCUUUAGUGCUUAGGGGUGAAGUAUUUUCCUAAACCUUAAACUGAAAUAUUUAUACAGCUCUAACAUAAUACAGACUUCAAUACAUUAGGACUAAACUUCAGCGACCCUUCAGAAUAAUAAGAGUCACCAUGAAUAUUUUGACUGAGCCAUCUUCAACACCCCUAAGCCCCAUAUUUCCUUGUUCGAAAUAGUACUUUAUGCCAGAUAUUUAGCUUAAUC